CGGGCACCGAGUCGUCUGGCAAGACUGCGGGCACCGAGUCGUCUGGCAAGACUGCGGGCACCGAGUCGUCUGGCAAGACUGCGGGCACCGAGUCAUCUGGCAAGACUGCGGGCACCGAGUCGUCUGGCGGAACAGCGGGCAUCGAGUCAACUGGCGGAACAGCGGGCACCGAGUCGUCUGGCAAGACUGCGGGCACCGAAUCACCAGGCACGACAGUGGGCUCUGACUCAAUUGGCACGACAGCGGGCACCGGGUCAUCAGGUACCCGGAUUGUCUGGCUCGACAGCGGGCAUCGGGUCACCAGGCAUCAGGUCAUUUGGCUCGCCAGCGGGCACCGCGUCAUCUGGCAAGGCAGUGGGCACCGAGUCACCAGGUACGACAGCGGGCUCUGAGUCAAUUGGCACGGUAGCGGGCACCGUAUCAUCUGGAUCAACAGCGGGCAUCGAGUCAACUGGCCUAAUAGGAUCGUCAGGCUGGAUCAGUUCAUCAUGCUGGGUAGAGACAUCAGGCUGAAUGCAGGCGU